CAACACAAUAAUGAAGACGUUAUCGGUUGAAUCCGGUGAAACAUCCCACAACACAAACCCAGAAAACUCGAUGAUCAAUGGGGUUGCUAUACUAGAUUUCGUACUGAGAUUCCUUGCUGCCGGUGGGACACUAGCGAGUGCUAUGACAAUGGGUACCGCUGAAGAAACUGUAUUGGUGUCUCAGUCCAUUCUAUUAAAUGCCAAAUUUAGUGAUCUUCCCAUGUUCACGUUCUUUGUGAUUGCCAAUUCGGUUGCGUGUGCCUAUCUUGUGCUUUCUCUUCCCCUAUCUUUCUACCAUAUCUUCAGAAGAGCAGCCAAAAAGAGUCGACUCGUCUUGGUCACGUUCGACACGGCAAUGCUGGCCUUGGUCACCGCCGGAGCUUCAACUGCUGCCUCGAUUGUGUAUUUAGCACACGAAGGGAAUGCCAAUGCGAAUUGGUCCGCGGUUUGCCAACAAUUGGAUUCCUUCUGCGAGCGCACUUCGGGAUCGUUGAUCACCUCUUUCAUUUCAGCAUUCGUACUCAUGUUCGUUAUUGUUUCAUCGGCCAUUGCCAUCUCUCACUGCUGAUUCAAUGCGACGAUGAAACAAUGCAUCUCUAUAUGUAUUUGAUACAUUACGGUUCAUUGAUGUGUAGAUUUGGCGUUCGAAUUCUGGUUUUUAUACUAUCAUAUU